AUGGCUCAAGACGACGCCGCCUUCGGCGCCCCAGGCGAGGAACCGACGCCUACGCCUGCGGCCGCGCCGCCCAUCACCUCAGAAUUCAUGAGCUCCGUCAUGGCUCGACUCGCCCGCCAAGACGAAGUCCAAAAGACAACCAACGACCAGCUCGCUGCGUUGGUCGCGGCGCUCACAGCCCCUGAGGGACAAACGAGCCGUCCCCAGCUGACACGCCGCCGCCUCUUCAACACAAAUCCUACGGCAGCCGGAGUCGACCAUAUCUCUGACGACUCGGAGCCUAACGAAGCCUUUCUCGCAGACGCUCCCCCAGCAGGCUCAGAUCUCACGACAAUACGCGAGCUCGCCGAGCUCAAACUCAGCCUUCAACAAAUGGGAGAGAAGAUCCACCAUGUAACCAGCGCAGCUCCGCAAAUAGAGAGCGUACUCGCCGCAACCUCGCGCACUCCUUUUACUCGCGCGCUAACUAGCGUUCAACUCGGAAAGAUAGAAAAGCUGCGCCUACCUGAGUACAAGCCCGGCGGAGACCCGGUAGAACAUAUGACCGCAUUUAACAUCGCGAUGGCGCGAGCUCGUCUCCCCGACGACGAGAGGGACGCAGGUUACUGCCAGCUGUUCGUCGAGACUCUUCACGAGCAAGCCCUGACUUGGUUCUCCCAGUUGGAGGAGAACUCAAUCGGAUGUUUCCGCGACCUAUCAGCAGCUUUUCUCAAGACAUACAUCAUGUUCACAAAGCGCAGCGCCACCGCGUCCAGCCUAUGGAACCUCAAUCAGAAAAAGGACCAGAGCUUGCGCGACUACAUGGAGAAAUUCAAAGCCGUAGUGUCGAAGAUUGAGAUCCCAGACGGAAUCGCUAUCGAUGCAUUGCGCAACACCUUGUGGGUCCACUCCAAGUUCCGAGAAGACCUGUACCAGAAUCCAACCAAGUCGCUCCAAGACGCUAUCGCACGCUCUGAUAACUUCAUCCGAAUGGAGGAGGACACCAACGCAAUCCUCAGCAAGAUGAGCGCACCCAAGGCUCCAGCGGCUAAGAACGCAAAUGCGCGACAAGAACCGCGCCAACACGCUCCAAACGACAAAAACGGUCCCAAGGAUGGUUACAUGUAUGUCGUGAACGAGAAUAACGCACCAAUCUCCACUCUCGUAGUUCGCGGAGAGGGGUGGAACAAGUGGGUAAGAGAACUCGAGUCAUCCGACCAAAAAGUCGAUUCUGUUUGCACCACCCAACCCGCAGCUGGAGUCGGAUCAGCAGCAGGACCUUCCCGGACCAUCGACCUCACCAAGCAUUGCAAGUAUCACGACGUCAAAGGACACGAUACCUCAGAAUGCAAAUCUCUUUACGCGCAUUACCUCUCGUCCCUUGCAAGCGGCGAGUUUAAGUUUGAGCCAUUGAAAGCCAAACCAAAGAACGGUAAGAGCUGGAGCAAGAACAAAGAACGAAGGUCCCAACGCAAAGCCACUGGCAGAGGUCGACAAAACGACGCUCCGCAACGAGACGACGAGGAAGAAACCCCAAGGGAUAAUGGCGGGGGAGACUCCUCAGCUGACGAAGAGCAUCCGGCCAAUCGCAGACGCAUUGAGGUUAUACUCUCUCAGCAAUCCUUGUCGUCCGACGAAGAUAAUGACGAUUCGCCUGUACCCGGAGACCUGAGAGACAGCCUUAAACGGCGGCUCGCACCGGAAAAUGGAAGCGAUACCACGCACAGAGAUCUCCGGACGAUGCUAGAUGCACGAAAGUCUCGGCGCAUCUCGACAAGCGUUGGCAACAGCAACGAAGGGCCAGUCGGCGACCUCCGAGACAAACUCAAUGCCGGAGUAAGCGAUCUCCGCGUGAAGCUUAACAAGUCAAAAUCAACAGACUUACGACGACAGUUGGAACGAGCUAACGGUCAACCUCAACUUCCACCUCCUGAUACCAGUGUACCAAAAGACCUCCGCGCCUUACUGAACUCCAAGCGAGUCCAAACGGGACAGUCUUUAAACGUCAUCAUGGGGGGUUCCCCUAGCGGCGACUCAGUCCGUUCCGUGAAAGACUAUCGUCGACAAGUCACGACGUCCCAGAAGUGGCCGAGUAAACCGUCGAGUCAUCCCCCAAUAACUUUCUCAUCAGAUGACGCUGAAGGUGUUCACGCGCCCCAUAAUGAUCCCCUCCUCGUCGUCCUCGGAAUUGGAGAGUAUGAUGUCACCAAGAUCCUUAUUGACACCGGGAGUUCCGUUGACCUCAUCUUCCGAGGAACUCUGCAGAAGAUGGGAGUCGACCUCGACGACAUAAAAGCGUCCUCCAGAACGCUAACAGGAUUUAACGGGUCAUCCGAAACCAUCUUGGGAACGAUCCGCCUCCCGGUGCGCGCAUGCGGUGUUACUCGAACGGUCAAAUUCGCCGUCGUUAGCACAAAAGCUCCGUAUCACGCUAUACUCGGUACUCCUUGGUUACACUCGAUGCAAGCUGUCCCUUCCACCUACCAUCAGUGCAUCAAGUUUCCCGGCGCAGACGGGAAGAUAAAAACAUUGCGUGGGGACCAAAAGGCCGCUAGGGACCUCCUAGUCGCCACGGUCAAACUCCAACGAGCGUCGCUACCCGUGAACUCAGUAUCCCCUCCAACCCCAAAAGUCUACUCCCAGGAAAACGAGGUUCUCGAGUUACCUAUUGAUAACGCCGACCAGAACCGCACCGUGAGAGUCGGCGCAUACCUCUCCGAAGAAAUGCAACAGUCAGUUCUGGAUUUCCUCAGACAGAACGUAUCCACGUUCGCUUGGUCCAUGGCAGACAUGAAAGGCAUUGACCCGACUAUAACGACGCACGAGCUCAAUGUCGACCCAACUUUCAAACCUAUCCGACAGAAGAGACGUAAGCUCGGCCCCGAUAGGUCUAAGGCCGUGAACGAGGAAGUCGAUAGGUUACUCGGUGCAGGUUCGAUUGCCGAGGUCCGCUACCCCGAAUGGUUGGCAAACCCAGUAGUCGUCAAAAAGAAAAACGGCAAGUGGCGCGUCUGCGUCGACUUCACCGACCUGAACAAAGCCUGCCCAAAGGAUAGCUACCCUCUUCCCAACAUCGACCGCUUAGUCGAGUCUACAGCUGGAAACGAGAUGCUAACCUUCAUGGAUGCCUUCUCCGGUUACAACCAAAUAAUGAUGCACCCGGAUGACCGCGAGAAGACGGCCUUCAUCACAGAUAGGGGAACCUAUUGCUACAAAGUCAUGCCAUUCGGCCUGAAGAACGCCGGAGCAACCUACCAAAGGCUUGUGAACAAAAUGUUCGCAGAUAAGCUGGGUACUACCAUGGAAGUGUACAUCGACGACAUGCUGGUUAAGUCGCUCCAUGCCACCGAUCACCUCCGCCAUCUACAAGAAUGCUUCGAAACUCUCAACAAGUAUGGCAUGAAGCUAAACCCGGCAAAGUGCACGUUCGGGGUCUCUUCUGGCGAGUUCCUUGGUUACAUUGUCACACAGCGAGGAAUCGAGGCGAACCCAAAGCAAAUAUCUGCGGUUCUCAACCUCCCGAGUCCGAAGAACAGCAGAGAAGUACAGCGGCUCACGGGCAGGAUAGCCGCUCUAAAUCGAUUCAUCUCCAGAUCCACUGACAAGUGCCUGCCAUUCUAUGAUCUCCUGCGAGGAAAUAAAAAGUUCAUUUGGGAUGAGAAGUGCGAGGAAGCGUUCACUCAACUCAAACAGUACCUGACCACGCCCCCAGUACUCGCUAAGCCAGACGUCGGUGAUGUUCUAUCUCUCUAUGUCGCAGUAUCACAGGCUGCAGUCAGCAGCGUUCUGAUAAAAGAAGACCGCGGCGAGCAAAAGCCCAUCUUCUAUACGAGCCGACGCAUGACAGCACCAGAGACGCGUUACCCAACUCUAGAAAAGAUGGCUUUAGCAGUCGUUGAAGCAGCGCGAAAACUACGACCAUAUUUCCAGUCGCACUCCGUGGAAGUACUGACUGAUCAGCCUCUCCGGACAAUACUCCAGAACACUAACAGAUCUGGCAGACUCACAAAGUGGGCAAUCGAACUCGGUGAGCUCGAUAUCAUCUACAAGAACCGCACGGCAGCGAAAUCCCAGGUCCUAGCCGACUUCUUGGUCGAACUGGCCCCGGAAUUAGAGCAAGAUCUCACAUCCCCAAGCUCAAACUGGACACUGCACGUCGACGGAUCGUCGACCAACAAGGGGGCAGGCGCCGGAGUCCAAUUGCAGUCCCCGACCGGUGAGCUAAUCAGACAAUCUUUCAUCUUUGGCUUCCCCGCGUCAAACAACGAGGCAGAAUAUGAAUCUCUGAUUGCAGGACUCCGCUUAGCAAAAGCCGUCAAAGCUAAACGACUAAGCGCUUAUUGCGACUCCCAGUUAGUCGCCAGUCAGUUCAGUGGCGACUACGACGCCCGCAACGAUCGAAUGGACGCCUAUCUCAAAAUAGUGCAAAGCCUGGCAGCAGAGUUCGAAUUCUUCGAACUCAUCGAAGUUCCGAGAGGAGAGAACGUCUGCGCCGAUGCCCUCGCCGCCCUUGGCAGCAAGCUUCGUGAUCAAGUGAAAAGAACCAUCCCGAUACAUCGUAUCGAGAAACCAAGCAUCGACGUUCUAACCGAUCAAACCCUCAUCGCCCAAGUUAUUGAACCCGCCACUCCAGACGACGAUGGGUUUGGCCCUGACUGGAGAACUGAAUUCAUCAACUACCUCUCGAAAGGGGAACUCCCAGCAGAAAAAUGGGCAGCUCGCCGGCUAAAAACCCGCAGCGCCCAUUACGUUGUUCUCGACAAUGAACUGCAUAGAUGGACUGCGAGUAAGGUGCUCUUAAAAUGCAUCCAUGGCGACGAGACAGCAAGGGUUAUGGCGGAAACGCAUGAAGGCGCCGGUGGAAAUCAUUCGGGCGGACGUGCGUUAGCAAUAAAAGUAAGGAGUUUAGGCUUCUUCUGGCCAACAAUGAACGCCGAUUGUGAGUCUUAUGCGAGAAGCUGCGACAAGUGCCAACGGCACGCACCCAGCAUCCAUUGUCCAACCGAACUGUUGCGAACAACCACCGCUCCCUACCCGUUCAUGCGAUGGGCGAUGGACAUCAUAGGACCACUCCCUUGUUCCCGCCAAAGACGCUUCAUCCUUGUCUUCACCGACUACUUCACCAAAUGGAUCGAAGCUGAAGCAUACGCUCAAGUCACAGACAAAGAAGUCCGCGGCUUCGUCUGGAAAAACAUUAUUUGCCGCCACGGACUGCCCUACGAGAUCGUCACCGACAACGGGUCACAGUUCAUGUCAGGCAACUUUAAGGAAUUCUGUAGCAAGUGGAACAUUCGACUAAGCCCGUCCACUCCACGUUACCCGCAAGGUAAUGGCCAAGCCGAAUCCUCCAACAAACUCAUCAUCGAUGGCAUUAAAAAGCGUCUGGACCUCAAAAAAGGUCACUGGGCUGACGAACUCGACGGAGUCCUAUGGAGCCAUCGCACGACUCCACGAGGAUCGACUAAAUCGACACCCUUCUCUCUCGCUUACGGUGUUGAAGCCAUGGCCCCUGCUGAAGUUAACGUUUCAAGCCUCCGACGUUCCAAAAUGCCUCAAUACGUCGAGCUAAACAAGGAGAUGCUACUCGACGCCCUCGAUGAGAUAGAAGAACGGAGAGAUCAAGCCCUGCUGCGCAUCCAGAAUUACCAACAUCAGAUUGAGAGCUACUAUAACAAAAAGGUCCGGGCCCGACCUCUAGAACUCGGUGAUCUCGUCAUGCGCAAAGUGUUUGAAAACACCAAAGAGCUUAACGCCGGUAAACUCGGCGCCAGGUGGGAAGGACCAUACAAAAUCAUCAAAGUUGUUAAACCUGGCGUAUACCGGCUCCAAACCUCGCGCGGCGAAGAAGUCCCGCGAUCAUGGAACUCAAUGCAUCUACGACGUUUCUACUCGUAGAAGUAUCUUAGUCAAAAAAAAAAAAAAAAAAAAAAAAAAAAAAAAAAAAUAUAUAUAUAUAUAUAUAUAUAUAACCGAGUAGACGCACCCCCGUGGUCACUUCUACUCGACCGAGUAAAUGCGCCACUUACGGCCACUUUUACUCGGGAGAAAAACGAACUACGAAUGGCUUGAUCCUCAACCGAGGUACGUAGGCAGCCUUAACAGGUCCAGCUGUAACAAAAAAA